AUGCCGCAUUUCCCUCGUGAUAUAAACAUUUUGCCUCUUCAAUUGCCACCGCAGGUGACGUGCAAAUACACACACACUUUUGUGAGGAUACAAGGGACAAAUCUCAACUUCAAGGAGCGGGUUAUGUUCCCCACUUUCAUCAGUAUCCUAGAUAUUCAAUCAUGGUGGGAGGUUCCCUGUGUAGCGCACUUCUGUUCUCUCUUCUCGCAGAUUUUUAAUCUUCCCGAAUUUCAUAUUGAGGAUUUGGAGGAAGCUCUGCUGGCAGAUGAAAAUGAAGGUCAAACUACACUGCUGUCGGACUUAAUUGUGAGUCUCCUGAGAGGAUGUGAUAUUCUGCACAAGUGCAGAGAACAUAUUCACACCAGCAACUAUCAAAUGUUCUUGCGAAGACUGUUCAGGAGACAAUGUCGAAUCCACAACAUUGAGAACCCAUUUGAUUCUGAUACAGACUUUCAACUAUUGCCACUGAGACGCAAACUUGAGAUUCUCCACACUUUGUGUUACUUCAGAUUGGAAUCUAAGAAUGUACCUGAACUCUUGGACAAAUUAGAGGCGGACAGUCUGCGCGUUGAGCCGCUGGGCUAUGAUGACAAGAACUCAGCCUAUUGGUACUUCUUCGGCACGAGACUGUACAGGGAGGACAAUUUGCGUGGUGAGAAGAGGCAGAAGUCAAAGAGUGACGCAAUUUGGCAAGUGAUUUGCUUCACGGAGGACGAUUGGACGAAUCUGGCGGCAAAAUUGAAAGCAUCGACAUCUCGACGCAAUCGUGCCUUGUCGAAAAUUCUUUAUGAGAAUUUUCUCCCAAAAAUUCCAAAGCUUUUCAAAGAGAAGGAGGAUCAACGGAGGAGAAAUUUCUUCAAGAAAGCCAGUCGCUCGAGGGCUCUGUCGCUGAAGAAGAACUCAGAUAGUGAGAGAGAGUUAUCAGAUUUGGAUGUGAAGAAGCUGGUGAAAUCUGCUGAAGAUUCUUCCUCUGAUAGCUCAAUAGAAGAAGGCGUGGGUGAUCAUUGGAACAGUCGAAAGAGGUGCAAACAGCGCGUCGCCACUCGAGGGUCAGGCAGGCAAAUUACCAAUUAG